ACCUUGAUUUUUCGUAGAAAAGAUAAAGUUCUUAAGUUUUGAAGAGACUAUUUAAACGAAGUGCACUGCUGGCCAAUUUUUUAUACAACGUUUUAGGGUGAUGGAACUAUGUUUUUCUGCAUAGCAAUAUAUUUACUUCGUCAUGGCUUAUUUGCCAAUGCAGUUUUUGUAGUUACAAUCGGCGUUUCUCAAGUCGACGUAAGUGGUUCUCAGAUUGAUGCCAUAAACUGUGGUACGGUUAUUGUCUAUAAGACCGCUACGAUCGGUGGAGCAGAAGUAGCCAAAGAUGAGUGGCCGUUUAUGGCAGCGUUAUACUACUCUGCGACGUUCAAGUACUUCUGCGGAGGAACAAUAAUUUCACAAAAACACGUACUCACAGCCGCACAUUGCAUACAAACGAAGGGUAAAGGUGCUCCGCUUACACCGGCCGAGAUUUCUGUACGUCUUGGGGCUUACAAUCUCACCGAUCGAAGUGAGAAUGACGCAGUUAACAAAAGUAUUGUGCAAAUUCUUGUACAUCCUGAUUGGAAAGUCAACGAAGAAAAAUAUGACGCAGACAUAGCGAUUCUGGUUUUGAUCGAAGUAAUUACGUUUUCGAAUCAUAUUCGUCCGGUUUGCAUGCCUCCUGCCGAUUACUUGUUGGACGGACUUCCAGGAACCGUUGUCGGAUGGGGUAAAACGGAAAAUGGAACUGCUGAAGGUAUUCCAAGGAAAAUCGAGGUGAAUGCCUUGAAUGACACAUAUUGUUAUGAAAGAGACGAUGGCAUAGCUAGGUACGUUUCGGAACGUUCGUUUUGCGCUGAGGGCAGCGGAACUCCCAACGAAGGCGAUUCAGGUGGAGGAUUUUUUGCGGUUGCCGGUUCCGGCUGGGUUCAAUUCGGAACCGUGUCAUUUGUUCGCCCGAAGGGAACUGGGAAUGUUUUAAAAGUAGCGUCAUAUGUAAAAUUACCGUCUUUGAGGGAUUGGAUAGCGGCCGAAGUCGAGCAAUCUGGAGGAAAAAUAGGUGUUUCAAUCACGAAGGACGAUCUGAACUGUUUUUAUAUACACGGUCCCCAGGGCGCGUAUGGUUGUUUGCUAGUAGACUUGAAUAUCAGACAAGAACAUUUUGUGGUGACAAAUUUCACCGGUUGGCAUCAUUUUGGCAAAGGAAAUGAACACGUUGAAAUAAUCAUGUUUUUCAGUGGAGUAAUGGCUUCGCUUCCUCGUAAUGUCGGAGCUAUUUUCACAAAUUUGACUUCACUGAUAGUGUCCGUCGAUACGAGACGUAUCUCUCGAUCGAAUUUUCAGAACUUGACGCGCUUGGAACUGAUUCUAUUUCAUAAAAGUAGCGUUGCCGAAUUCGAUGAAAAUUCUUUGUGGGAUCUUCCGAAUUUGGAAACAUUUAGUCUGGAGAAUAGCAAAUUACUGAAAUUACUUCAUGCGGCCACAUUUAGCAGAAAUUCUAAAUUGAGAGAGGUAGUAAUGAAAUCGAAUGCCUUGCAAUCGUUGCCUCGAAAUCUAUUCCAAAAUAAUUCAUUGCUCGAGUCUGUUUCUUUUGACUACAACUCAAUAGAAACUAUUGGUGAGAACAUUUUUGAGUCAAAUGCUAACCUGGUCUCAGUUGCCCUAAUGGCAAAUCGACUAAGACAUUUCAGCAAAAAUGUAUUCCGAAAUAAUACAGAGUUGCAAUUCAUUGAUUUAUCUAACAAUCGCAUCAAAACAGUUGACGAACAAUGUUUUGCAGCAAACUCCAAACUUUUAUCACUUCAUCUGGAAUCGAAUGCACUGGAAUUUCUACCAGAGCACCUAUUGCAAGGCAUGGCAUUUCUAAUUCAGUUUAAUGCACGUAAAAAUGCAUUGAAAGUCAUAGACGAACGAUUUUUCGAAACAAAUGUAAGAAUUGAAGAGAUUGACCUUCAGUUUAAUCAACUGACUCACAUUCCUGACAAAUUAUUCCGCAACAAUCCGCGGUUACAGUUUGUUAAUCUUGAUGCAAAUUUUAUUACCGCGAUUGACGAAAAUUUAUUUGAUCAAAAUCCUUUGCUUCAGAAUGUGUCUUUCCCAUUCAAUCUUAUAGUUACAUUGCCUGCGCAUUUGUUCAGACACAAUCCAAUGCUCGACUUUGUAAACGCUGACUUGAAUUCUCUGCGCAGAAUAGACGAACGCACUUUUGAAUUCAAUUCAAGACUACGGGAAAUUAGAUUCUCGGGUAAUCUAUUAUCAUCCAUACCUGGGAAAUUGUUUGAAAAUAAUCCGUUACUGGAGAGUGUUAACUUUAAUUCGAAUGCUUUGAGAGAUAUAGACGAGCAAUUGUUUCGAACGAAUCGUAAACUUGAAGCCGUCUUUCUCUCGACAAAUAUGUUGAGCAACGUGCCGGAAAAUCUAUUUCGCAACAAUCCGCUUCUUAAGAUCGUUAAUUUGUCCGGCAAUUUAUUUACCACGUUGAACGCAAAUAUCUUCAAUUCAAAUUCGAAUCUGGAGCAAAUCUUUUUACGAGGAGUUGGGCUACAAUCGUUGCCGAGAAGCUUGUUCGAAAGUAAUUACCGUCUGAAACACAUCGAUUUGCGAGGCAGUGACCUACGACACAUUAGAGCUGAUUUCACUGUGUUCAAGCAUGUAAACUAUAUCAAUCUUGCGGAAAAUCGUUGCAUAGACAACGUAUUUCAUGAUGAUGAAAAUAAAAAUGAAAAUUAUUUCAAGCUUAGCAAUGAGAGUAAGGAUUUGAUGGAAUUUCAAGCCAUUGUCGUGGCUAGUUGUUCUUAAAAUAUUUAAGCGUUCGGGGAAGCACCUUGUCAAAACACUAUUCUAUCUGGUUCAUCUGGUUCUUAUUAACUUUGCCAUAAUUGAAUUGAAUUUGUUACAGAACUGUACUGUAAAUCGUACAGUGGCCAAAAUU